UGCACUAAUCUAGAUUGGGAGAAAGCAAUCAGAAGUACUAAAAAAUGAGAUUCAAGAAGCUUUGUUUGAACUAAUUAAAGUGCUUUGGUUAAUAUGAGGUAACUACUGUUGAAAGAAUGGACACAGCUCUAUGGCUUGGAAACUGCUCAGUUUAUCUGCCCUCACUACAAAAAGCCCAAAGGUUACAUCUUUUGAAAUACCCACAUGCUUGUUCCUCAAGUUUAUCAAACACCUUUGUUCUUCUUCAGUUCUUAAUCUUGGACAUGUCGUUAGCCUUGACCAUGGCCUCAAUUUGGACUCUUUCUAUGCGUCUCUUAUUGAUAAUUCUACCCACAAGAGGCACCUUGAUCAGAUACAUAACCAGCUUAUUGUCUCAGGAUUGAAGCAUAAUGGGUUUCUCAUUACCAAAUUGGUUAAUGGGAGCUCCAAUCUUGGGCACAUUUGUUAUGCCCGUAAGCUGUUUGAUGAAUUUUCCCACCCGGAUGUGUUUUUGUGGAAUGCUAUUAUUAGGGGUUAUUCGAGGAGCAACUUGUUUAGGAACACUAUUGAAAUGUAUGGAUUGAUGAGAAGGGAAGGAGUGGAUCCAGAUGGGUUCACUUUUCCUUAUGUGCUUAAAGCUUGUACUGAGUUAUUGGAUUUUCGUUUGAGUUGCCUAGUUCAUGGACAGGUAAUCAGAUAUGGGUUUGGGCCGGAUGUGUUUGUGCAGAAUGGCCUUGUGGCAAUGUAUGCUAAAUGUGGUAACAUUGGUAUGGCAAGAGUGGUGUUUGAUGGGUUAAAUGAUAGAACCGUUGUCUCAUGGACUUCCAUCAUUUCUGGAUAUGCACAGAAUGGGGAAGCUCUGGAAGCAUUGAGAUUGUUCAAUCAAAUGAGAAAUACUGAUGUGAAACUAGAUUGGAUUGCUUUGGUAAGCAUUGUGAGGGCUUAUGGUGAUGUGGAUGACUUGGAGCAAGGAAGAUCUCUUCACGGCUGCAUCAUCAAAAUGGGUUUUGAAGAUGAGCCUGAUUUGCUUAUCUCACUGACAGCAUUUUAUGCAAAAUGUGGGCAGGUGAUAGUGGCAAGAUCUUUCUUUGAUCAAAUGAAGACAUCAAGCGUGAUUAUGUGGAAUGCAAUGAUAUCUGGCUAUGCAAAGAACGGUCAUGCUGAGGAAGCAGUGGAUCUUUUUCGUGAAAUGAUCACGAGAAAUAUUAAACCUGACUCUGUCACUGUGAGGUCUGCAGCCUUGGCUAGUGCACAAGUUGGUUCCCUCAAAUUAGCACAAUGGAUGGAUGACUAUGUCAGCAAGAGUGAAUAUGCAAGUGACAUUUUUGUUAAUACAGCCCUCAUUGAUAUGUAUGCAAAAUGUGGAAAUGUAGAAUCUGCUCGCAUAGUAUUUGAUCGCGCUUCUGAGAAGGAUGUUAUUAUGUGGAGUGCAAUGAUUAUGGGAUAUGGGUUGCAUGGUCAAGGGUGGGAAGCCAUUAAUCUCUACCAUGCAAUGAGGCAAGCUGGGGUAUGCCCUAAUGAUGUCACCUUUAUUGGACUUCUCACGGCUUGCAAUCAUUCUGGCCUUGUAAGAGAAGGAUGGGAGCUAUUCCAUUGUAUGAGAGGCUUUGGAAUUGAGCCUCGCAAUGAGCAUUAUUCUUGUGUGGUUGAUCUCUUGGGGCGUGCGGGUUAUCUGGAUCAGGCUUAUGAUUUUAUCAUGAAAAUGUCCAUUGAACCUGGUGUAAGUGUAUGGGGGGCCCUUCUGAGUGCAUGCAAGAUCCACAGGCAUGUAACAUUGGGAGAAUAUGCUGCAAAGAAGCUAUUCUCAUUAGAUCCAUAUAACACAGGGCACUAUGUUCAACUCUCUAAUCUAUAUGCUUCCUCUCGCUUGUGGGAUCAUGUUGCACAUGUUCGGGUUCUGAUGAGGGAGAAAGGAUUGAGUAAGGACCUUGGUUACAGUGUAAUUGAAAUCAAUGGGAAGCUACAGGUAUUCCAUGUAGGGGACAAGUCACAUCCAAGGUCUGAUGAAAUUUAUAAUGAGAUUCAGAGAUUAGAAAGAAGGUUAAAGGAGAUUGGGUUUGUCCCACAUACAGAAUCUGUUUUGCAUGAUCUGAAUUAUGAAGAGAAGGAGGAGAAUCUUAAUAUUCAUAGUGAGAGGAUAGCGGUUGCUUAUGGGCUUAUUAGUACUGCUCCUGGAACUAUACUUAGAAUAACAAAGAAUCUUAGAGCAUGUGUAAACUGUCAUUCAGCAAUUAAGCUUAUAUCAAAGCUUGUUGAAAGGGAGAUUAUUGUAAGGGAUGCAAAUAGGUUCCACCAUUUUAAGGAUGGUUUGUGUUCAUGUGGAGACUACUGGUGACAAUAACGGUUCAAGCUCAAACCAGCAAUGGAGCUUAGGGGCACUUCACCAGAUAACUUGAUUAAUGAUCACAAGAGACAGCAUUGAUAUUUACUAUACAAUUGCUCCCCAUUGCAUUUGGGACUUCCCUGAAUCAACUUCGAGGAUGACUUUCGAGAAGUUUAAGGGAAUAGCCGAGUGUGGACAACCUUUGACAGUUCUCAAACACACAGGCUUCUGCUUGUUGGUUACCAUCAAGCAAAUUUUCAGCUUCUUCAACUGCGGCUUUAAUUUUCUGCUCAUCCUCAGUGGCCUUCUUAAGGAACUUCUUAUCAUCAGCCUG